UGCAUCGCGGCGUUUUUCUCACUCCAGCUGUGAGCGGUGUCGCUUCGGAGGACAGCAGUGCACAGAUGUGUGUGUUUCCCGUGUCAGUCGGUGUCUGAACGGAUCGGCACACCCGGGGACAUCGCUGAGCUCGACGACGGCGGAUGCCGCUGAAAGCGCGGAGCUCGGCCCGGAGGAGGAGAAAGAGUCCGGAUGAGGAGCGAUCCGCGGAGGCUGCUCCUUCCUCAGCUCAGGUGAUGGCACCCACGCGAAUGAAGUUGCGUGUGCGUCGCCGUGACAAUGCAGCCGCAGGUGCUGCUGGACGUGGUGCUCCGCCGGAAGAAGAGGAGGAGCAGAGGAGUCGAGAGAGUGGCAGCAGGAGGAAGAGCGCCAGCAGAUCUUCAGCUGCUGCCGCCACCACCACCUCCUCAUCCUUGUCUCCACCUACAUCUUCUGCCUCAACGUCGGCGCGGCCGCCUAUGAUGGCUGCAGAGGAGGCAUCACCAGACUCCAAGUGCCCCAUCUGCCUGGACCGCUUCAACAAGCUGGCAUACCUGGAUCGCUGCAAGCACCGCUUCUGCUUCCCAUGUAUUCAGGAGUGGUCUCACAAAAAGCCAGAGUGUCCGCUCUGCAAGCAGCCCUUCACCUCCAUCUUUCACCGGAACCAUGCCGAAGAUGAUUUCAAGGAGUACUCGCUGCGCCCGGCACCCGCCAGCAGCAGUGUGGCUUCCACUGUGGCAAUGGUGGCGGCAAUGGCAUCAGCCGCCAGGAACAGCCACCAGAUGAGGCUGAUGCUGAGGAGGCACCGGGUGCCAGAGACUGGUGAGACAACCACGAGGAGGCGGCGAAGGGAAAGAGGAGGCAGAAGGGCGGAGGAGAGGGCGGGGAUUUGGGAGUGGUACCUCGAUUCUCCUACUCUUCCUCUUCCUCCUCUUCCUCAUCCUCCAGUCGUCACUGAGGAUAGUGAGGAUGGGGAGGAACAGGGGAUAAGAGGUGGGGCUGAAAUGGCAGAGCGGGGCGUGGUAUUUGAAGGACUAACAGGCCUCGGAGGUGCGGUGGCACCCAUUGCCCCUAAUGACCGGGCAUCACGUCAGCUGAUGAGUCGCCUGGCGGCGAGGCAGCGGCUGCAGCGUGAAGGUGGAACCGUGCGGCGACUGAGGGAAAGAGAGACUGUGGCUUUUCGCCGCGAACUCUAUCGCUGCGGAAUUCGGGUUCGUGGCAUUGGCGGAAUACCCGAGAACCAAUGGCAAUGGCAGCGUGACGUCACAGCAGAGGGCUUCCGUCAGAACCCUGCCCACUUGAACAGGCUCCGCCCCUGGCUGCGGCGGGAGCUGACGGUGCUGUAUGGCUCGCACACCUCACUGGUCGACAUUGUUCAGCGCAUCAUCAUUGCCAGGCUCGCCCGCUACGGUCUGGAGAACACACCCAUCAUAGAAGAAGAGCUGCGGCCAUUCCUGCUGGCACGCACCGAGCACUUCAUGCAUGAGCUGGUCAGCUUCGCCCGCUCACCGCUCAGCCUGGACAACUACGACCUGCAGGCGGUGUAUGAGCCGCCGGAUGCUGCAGUGGAGCUGGAUGGGAUGAGCAGCUCGUCCGAGGGCAGCUCCGUCAUCGCCAUCUCUGAGGAGGAGGAGGAGAGGACAAGAGGAGGAGGUUCAGAGGAGAGGCCGGAGAGGGAGGGGGGAGCUCAUGAUGACAUCAUCCAAACAGCAAGUGUUCUGAGUCUGUCGGGCUGGGAUGACGAAACGCCAGGCCCCUCCUACUCGACUGCUGAGCCUUCAUCUUCAUUCAGCCCUGCCCUACCAGAGGCAGCCAAUCAGGAUGGAGGAGAAAGGCUGGAAGAAGAGGAGGAGUGUCUCAUAGUUGGGUACAAGAAGCCGAUUGCCGAGCGGACGCCGGAGUUGGUCCAACUCUCCUCUGACACUGAGGAAGAGGAGGAGAAGAAGAAAAAAGAGGAGGAGCUUCCUCCUCCCCCAUCUGCCACACCUCCUCUUUCUUACCUAUCCAUGAUCCCUCCCUCCACAUCUGGUACCUAUAGAGAGGAGCAGGACAAGGGGCAGAAAGAUGGCGAAGUGGCAGGGCAGCAUGCACGUGCACGCUCAUGGUCGGGGAGUUCGGGUCGGAGCAGGAGCUCUGUGUGCACGCUCAGCCCAGCAACACCUGGAGACAGCGAGCGGCGGCGGGAGACAGGGAGCUGGAGAGACAGGAAGUCUGCUGGUGAAGCAUCAAGGGAGAAGAGGAGGAAGAGAAAGCGGGAGCGGAGCACCGACCGGCACAGGAAGAGCGGCACCCUGUUUAACCCAAACCGCUCCAUUUAUCCCGCCAUGAUGCGGCACCGCUCCCCAUCGCCGUUCGACUCCAGCGCCGACUCCAGCUCCCUGCCGUCGCCCAGCCCGCCGGACUCCAGCUGGGAGUACCCCUGUGCCCAGGUGUCCCCUCUCACUUCCUCCGUCUCCUCUCCGUCCCACUCAUCAUCCUCACCGCGUCCUCCACCACCACCGCGCACGCCACCGACGCCCUCGCUGUCCCCCAGCAACCGCAGCGGCCCUCACCACGGGGAGAAACCAGGUGGGAAGAGGAAGUACAAGAGCCGCCACCUAGACAACAACGUCAAGGACCCCACAUGGAGGCCGAGUAGCAGUGGCGGCGGUCGCAAGGAGAAGAGGAAAGAGAGGAGAAGGAGGAGGGAGAGAGAGAGAGGGAGGAGAAGAGAGAGGCACAGGAGGGUGAGCAGUGGCUACGGUGGAGAGAGCAGCCGGAGGUCCAGAGAAGAUCGCAGUCCCAGCGUGGAGAUCAUCUAUGAGGGCACCAUCACCUCUGAGGGGGUGCAGCCUUCAGCCCGUAAACGGCGCAGGAAACGUCAUCGCAAGGCCCAGCAAAGCAGCUCUCCAGUCAUCAUCACCCUGGAUAGCGACAGCAGCCGUGACGACCCCAACAACAAAAACAGCGGCAGCAUCAGCAGCAGUCCGCUCAGCAGCCAGCAGACCGUCGACUUCUCAGACCUUCCUCCUCUCCCGUUGGUGCAUUCGGCCGGCGUGAGCAGUGUGUUGGACGCUGAAAUCGGAGACCUUCCCGUCGACAUUCUGGACCGAGGAUCGGGGUCGGACACCGAGCCGGCGGGCCAGUCCAAAGCUACGGUCCAAGGCUACAGUGAUCAUGAGGUGGAUGUGGAGAAUGUGGACGAUGACGUGGAAGGACCAGUCACAGUGACAAAGACACCUGACCCUGAAAGUCAAAGAGAGGCGGGGACUGCGGGUGAGGGUUCGCAGCCAAUGGGAGAGCACGAUGCUGCCCACGUAAUGACGGAUCUGCUUCACAAAAGACUUCCUGAAGCCUCAACCUCUGACAGCCACCUGUUGGCCUCCAUCCUCAGUGACCUGGACAGGAUCUCUGCACCUAAAUGUGAAGCCUCUUUGAACAUUGAGGCCAGGUGCUCGCCAGACUCCAGAAAAAGGCGUUACAGAGAUCCGUGUGCCGUCAGUCAGGCUCAUCAACAGCAGGGCGGCUGGGUGGCCGAUUUCCCAGAGGAGCAGCAGUCUGACGUCAGAGCCCAGAAUCAGGAAUCUACCUCCAUCGACUCGCCGCCUCCUCUCAAGCAAUGGAAGGAGUGCAGGGUUGGCGAGGAGGGCAGGGACGCUCCUCCGCUCCUCAGACAGGCUAGCCCGGUUCGGUCGUACAACAGAAACACACCGCCACCGCUAAAACACAAAGAUGCUGGGAGCCCACGCCACUCUCCCCUCUUUAAUAGUGACCUUCGCUCACAUCACGCCUCCUCUGACCCAGUUCUGCACAGUUUGAAUCCCACUGACUCCCCCUCAGACUCCCGUUUGGCUGCUAAGCUGCCCAAUGACAGCGAGGCCAUCCCACCCAUUUCUACACUGAAGAGACAUUUGACGAGCAUGUUGGCGCUCAGCGGAGAUCCAGCAUCCACGAGCAGCAUUUCAGCUAAAGCCCGAGCACUAACCACUGACUUCCAUCCCUCCGGUCACAGACUACCCGUCGGUACCUCCUCGUCUUUUGGCUGUGAAACGACUCCCACGGCUGCUGAUUAUUAUUCCUUCAACCCAUCAGCUUUACAUUCCAGCAGAGAAAGCACGAUGGGCAUAUCCUCCAGUCACUCACCUGUUGACUUAAAUCCUGUGACUUCUUCAUCUAACACUGAUUUCCAUUCAGCUGCUGGCUGGUCCAAAGAGACACCAGCUCAUCCUCACUCUACCUCCAGAGGCUGCGUGAAUAAGACUACAAACUCCUUCUGGCCACCACUUGUCGACCUCCAUCCAUUCAGCAGUGUUGCUGGAGCGCCCCCGGCAGGUAGUAGAGUGUCCUCAGGAGUCAACUCUCAUGACACACUACUUCCUGUUUCUGUUACUGAUCCCAGGACUCAAAAAGCCUCCUCACCCUCUGACUCCCCCUCUUCCAGUAAUCUGUCUCUAAUUGGCUCAACAGCAGCACCCAGCAGCAUGCCGUCCACCAUGAAUCUGCAUCCUGUUGACUUCCACUCUUCCAGUGCAGCCUCAGGAGGACGGACAGACAGGGACACGACGUUGGCGGUCAGUCGUGAGGAAAGGCUGCCCCCUGAGUUGGACUGUAGGGGUCCUAACUUACAAUCUUCUUGUUUGACUGACGCACGCUUGAACCACACAGCCUUCUCCUCCUCCAGCGCUCCCCCCGAACACAGCAUUAGCUUCCACACCUCACACAAAACAUCCAAACUCGGCACUGACUCAAGUCUCUUCCACCCCAACCACGUUGACCCCCGCUCAAAGCAUAACCUCCCCCCUGACUCUGAGCCUCCACCACCAAAAUUCUCUCGGAGGGGCUUUGAGCACCACACAGACAAUCACAUCACACCUGAGAGCCAGCGCAACUCGAACUCCCCCACCGACGCCCAUCCGUACGAACGCUCGGCCACAUAGGACACAGUAAAAUGAUAGAUUACACUGCUCUGAGUAAAUGUCAGGGAAGACUUGAUGUUUUUUACUUUCAGUAUCAUUUUUCAUGAAUUGUUUAUAAGAUUGUGUUUUAAAAUUUAACUCAAAGUUCAUGUCUUCGUAACAAAUACAUUCCUGGUCAUUUCGUUUGAGGCAGCGACAUCAAGUUGAUUGUUUGGACUUGAGCACUGUUGUAUACUUUUCAUCUUAAAAUGUAUGUAACUUCUAUUAUUUUAAUCAUGGAGGGCAGGGGCGUGAAAGCCCUCAAAAGUUUAUUGAUCUUUUUUUAAAUUUUAUUUUUCAUGGUCAACCUGCUUCAGCAGGUUAAAAAGUAAACAUCAUAGAAUGAUUCCAGAGUAAAGUCUUCUCAAUCACAUGUAGUCCAACAAAGGUAGCUCUAGUCUAAAGUAACAAAACCACUGUCAGCUGUUUCAGGGGGCAAAAAAAUGCCUGAAUUUGGCAGUGAUGGAAAUGACACUCGGCUUCAUGCUUGUGUAAAUGAGUGGAUGUUUGUGUGUUUACAUGUUCUGUGUGCAAAAAAAAAAAAAAACCCUCAAAAGUUUGGUCUUAAAAUUUGUGUUUUACAGUAAUGUAAAAAACAAAACAAAAAACAAGCAUUUUGUUUUUAUAUAUUUGAAUAUAUUGAAAAUGUCGGCAGUGGCAACUGAUGAGAAAAGUAAUGAAUCAAUAAAGUUUUCUGUAUUCUGA